AUGGGCAGCGCUGGCUCCGUGCAGAAGCGCAAGCAGAAGGAAGGCGAAGGGGCGACGAGCUUAGGUCAACGCGAUGAAGGAGAAAACACGGACACUGCUGCACAGCCACUCACGAAGAAGGAGCGCAAGCAGCGGGAGAAGGAGUUGAAGCAGCAGGCCAAGAAGAACAAGAAGAAAGAAAAGAAGCACAAGCGCGGUGGUGGUGGCGAGGACCAGCAGCAGCAGCAGCAGCAACAACAACAGUUACAACAACAACAGCAGCAGCAGCAGCAGCACCAACAGCAGUUACAACAAAGCGAUGAAAACGGCGAGUGGGCUGCACUUGUGCAUGCGCGCCAGGAUUUCCCCACGGCGAAGAAGCUCAUGAUUGAGCUGCGACAAGUCGGCGUGAACAUCAAGGCCAUCAGCCCGCUCAGCAAGCACAAGCUCAAGGCCGAAGACGCGUGCCUCGUGCUGGCUCUCCUCUCCUCCUCCUUCCUCAAGACCAAGCAGUGCAUGCGCAGCCUACAGUCAGCGUUACAGUGCACCGUGCCGUGGAUACCGCUGGUGCUGGACCAGGAGUUCUCCGCCGCCAAAGUCCCCUGGCUGCGCAACGCCCUGCAUCGCGUCACGCCGCACCACUUUGCGGUGACGGAUGGAUCUGUGGGCGGGGCAGUCAAUGACCAGGUCUUCUACGGCCAGCUCGUCAAGCUGCUGCCGCUGCUCUCUCGCUAUCCGGUGGGCAGCCACAUCCAGCAGGAGACGAGCGCGGAGGACGCACAGACGUCGGACCUGGCCAAGGUCGUGGGCGUGACGGCGCAGAUCCAGAGCAGCGACGAGAACGCCUGCGAGCGUGGCUUGCUCGGGGCCAUCGACAUGAGCUUCUCCCCGACAGAUCGUGAGCACCUGCACAACGCCGGCGCCAUCAAGGCGUGCUUCUCCGUGUUUGACGCGCACGCCGGCUCGGCACGCCUCAUCGCCUUUGCCACGUACUGUCUGGUCGCCCUCUUCAGCAGCAGCGCUGAGGACGUGAUGCAACAUUCCUCCGCCAUUGCCCGGCAAUGUGUCACAAACUUUCAACGCUACUCAAGCAGUCGCGACGUGGUGCUGCAGUCCCUCACGCUGCUGCUGUAUGUGCUCGACGAACCGCGUGCGCGCAGUGCCGCCACCUUGCCCGCCACUCUUCCGGGAACCGUGUGUCGGCUCGCCACCACGCACGUGGCAGAGGAAGGCAUCCUGUGCCAGGCCGUCUUUGCUAUUGAGCAGCUGCUCGGCGCAAGCAUCAACACCCCGGCCGCAACCGCCGCCAUUGGCGACUCCGUUGCACGACUGCGCGACGCCAUCAAAGGCAUGUACGCGCCUGGCUCGUUUCCGCGCGAGCUUGCAGGCACACGCAUUCCGGCACUGGCUGGGCCGUGA